CUUCUCUCCCCCCUCUCCUCUCUCUCAUCUCCCACCUCUCUCCCCCCUCUGCCCUCUCUCCCCCUCUCUCUUUCUCUUUCUCAUCUCUCUCCCCCUCUUUCUCUCCCCCCUCUCUCUUUGUCUUUCUCACAUCUCUCUGUCUCAUCUCUCUCCAUCCCCGCCCCCCCGUCUGUCUGUCUGUUUCAUUUUUCUUUCUCUCUCAUUCUGAUUCUCUGGCGUUCUCUGGAUUUCACAGGCACUUCUUCAGCCUUUGUUGGUGCUGGACGCACGACCUGAUCUCUCUCCCCCAUUGUGAAGCACGCUAAAUUUAACUGCAUUGCAAGAGCAUUGGGCAGGCCAUGGAGUCGCCAACAACAGCGGCAGAGAGAAACAGCCGGACCAGGCCAGUGUCUCCGGGCUGAGAGGAAGUUGUGUGUCUCCCCGAGAGACCAAACUGCAUGGAGCACCAACAAGGGCUGGAAGAAACAGCCGUAAGACCCAGCAACAGAUGAAGCUUUGUUCCCGGUCUGAAACAUGGAGUGAAUCUCCAUCCCCCGCCCUUCCCUUCUCAAGCCAGAUUUGUCUGCAAAAGUUAAAGCAAAUAGGCAUGGAAAUUCCUGAAGGGAAAGGCCCUUAUUCUGUGGGAUGUACAGACCUCAUGUCUGGUAAUGGUAUUGAGGGGACUUUUUUGCGUCUGUAUUAUCCUUCCCAAAAUCAUAUGAAUUAUGAAAAGACAAAAUGGAUUCCCAAUAAAGAAUAUUAUUCUGGACUGUCUCGUUUUCUUAACAUGUAUUGGAUAGUAGGGGAAUUAAUUCUAGCAGAUUAUUUUGGCUCAGUUACAUCUCCUGCAAAGUGGAAUGCUGAAUUCAAGACUGGAGAAAAAUAUCCCCUAAUUAUUUUUUCCCAUGGACUUGGAGCAUUUAGGACGCUGUAUUCUGCAAUUUGCAUUGAAAUGGCAUCUCGGGGGUUUAUUGUUGCUUCUGUGGAGCAUAGAGACCAGUCCUCUUCAGCUACAUAUUACUAUAAAAAAAACCCCACCAAAGGAAACAAAAGCAAAUCCCCAGCAUUGGACGAGGAGUGGAUGUACUAUAGGGAAUUAAAACCAGAUGAAAAUGAACAGCCGCUGAGGCGGCAACAGGUACAGCAAAGGGCAGAUGAAUGCAUUAGAGCUCUUAAACUUUUGGUUAAAAUUAAUUCUGGAGUUCCCACUGAGAACAUUUUGCCUUUAAAUUUCAACUGGAGACUUUUAAAGAAUUCUAUUGACUUACAGAAGAUAGCAGCAAUGGGGCAUUCUUUUGGUGCUGCCACAGUCAUAGAAACACUUAGCAAAGAUGCACGAUUCAAAUGUGGUGUUGCUCUUGAUGCGUGGAUGCUUCCGCUAUCUGAUGAAGUAUAUCCCAAAGUGCACCAGCCAUUGCUCUUUAUUAAUUCAGAAAAAUACCAGUGGGCUUCAAAUAUCCUAGAGAUGAAGAAACUUAACUAUAAAGGCAGAGAAAGAAAAAUGAUAACUAUUAUAGGAUCAGUACAUCAGAGUUUUCCUGACUUUACAUUCCUUACCGGAAAGAAACUUGGGAAGAUUUUUAAUCUGAUAGGAGAUAUAGAUCCACAAAUAGCUAUUGAUAUUAUCAACAAAGCUUCACUGGCGUUCUUACAGAAACAUUUGGGUCUCUCUAAAGAUUUUAACCAAUGGGACUCUCUUUUGAAUGGCAAAGGACCUAAUGUCAUUCCAGAUACCAACGUUGACUUAACUCCAGGAGCAUCUCAGUGAAAAUAAACA